ACGCCGGUGUUUCUGAGUCAUCGCCCCUCAGACAGUCAGCGAGCGUGGUUGGAGACAUUUCUCAACGACUACUCGGUUGCUACCGGAUAUACAUUAGGAACCACGACUUUGUCUGACAGGAUUGAAAUGUUACAUUUUAGGUGUUCGACAGUGCUGAAGGAGUUCUUUGAAGUCACCCUCAAGCGUCCCCUGUCCGGCUCCAGACAGAAGAGCUGGUUACCAACCCGCUGCUCCUCCGUUGAUGCUUCUCUUCGACUGAAGGUCCUCCAUGCCGCUCCGCACCGCCCUGGGCUCCGCACCGCGCCCUGCGCCGCCCGGUUCCGCUCAUACUGCACGAAAACCGAAGGUGCCGUUGAGCCGGACGAACAGCUAAAGAAGGAUGGUGUCAGCAGAGAAGCAUCCAUUGACAAGAGAAGAAAUGCUGGCAUUCUCCCUAGUUUGGAGGACUUGCUCUUCUACACAGUCGCAGAAGGUCAAGAGACAAUUCCUGCUCAUAAAUUUCUCACAGCACUUAAAACGACUGGGCUCCGAUCUGGGGAUCCCAGACUGAAGGAAUGCAUGGACACUCUGAAAGAAACUCUGAGGAACUCAUCAGACGGCGUUACACUCGACAGGCACCAGUUUAAGAAGUGUGUCCAGAGCAACAUUGUCCUGCUCACUCAGGCCUUCCGCAAGAAGUUCAUCAUUCCAGACUUCCAGUCCUUCACCUCCCAUAUUGAUGAGCUGUAUGAGAGUGCCAAACCUCUCAAUGAAGGACAGGUUGCAGACUACAUUCCUCAGCUCGCCAAAUUCAGCCCUGACCUGUGGGCCGUCUCCCUGUGCACAGUGGACGGACAGAGACACACAGUAGGAGACACUAAGGUCCCCUUCUGUCUGCAGUCCUGUGUCAAGCCCCUGAAGUACGCCAUCGCUGUCCACGACCACGGCACCGAGUACGUGCACAGUUUUAUUGGGAAGGAGCCCAGUGGCCUGCGCUUUAAUAAACUCUUCCUCGAUGAUGAUGAUAAGCCCCACAACCCCAUGGUGAACGCUGGCGCUAUUGUUUGUACUUCACUGAUAGAGCAAGGUGCAAGCAACGCAGAAAGAUUUGAUUAUGUCAUGAACUUUCUGAAACGUAUGGCGGGAAACGAGUAUGUGGGUUUCAACAACGCCACAUUCCAGUCGGAGCGUGAGACAGGGGACAGGAACUUUGCCAUCGGCUACUACCUGAAGGAGAAAAAGUGUUUCCCAGACGGGACAGACAUGACAUCUGUUCUGGACUUCUACUUUCAACUCUGCUCCAUUGAGGUGACCUGUGAGAGCGCCAGUGUCAUGGCGGCCACUCUGGCUAACGGCGGCAUCUGUCCCAUCACGGGGGAACGUGUGCUGAGCCCCGAGGCGGUGAGGAACACGUUGAGUCUGAUGCACUCCUGCGGCAUGUACGACUUCUCAGGACAGUUUGCUUUCCAUGUCGGUCUGCCAGCCAAGUCUGGAGUAGCGGGGGGGAUCCUGCUGGUUGUUCCCAAUGUGAUGGGCAUCAUGUGCUGGUCUCCUCCUCUGGACAAGAUGGGGAACUCAGUGAGAGGAAUCCAGUUCUGCACGGACCUGGUGGAGCUCUUUAACUUCCACAACUACGACAACCUGAAACACUUUGCCAAGAAGCACGACCCCCGCAGAGAAGGAGGGGACCAGCGGCAGUUCUUCUUCGGACCCAUGGAUUACGAGAGCCUCCAGCAGGAGCUAGCUCUGAAAGCCCCCCUUUGGAAAAAGGUGGCCCCCACCGAGUCACACCAGGACAGCUCCACCACUGUAGUCUAUAGGAUGGACAAAGUCGCCGAAUGAGAUAAAAACGUAAAAAGGAGGCGUGCCUGUCCCCCACAUAGACUGAUCUCUCACCACAACACCACCACCACUGUUACCUUGCCCUCGAAUAUUUAUACAUAAAUAAUGUGGAGGAUUAUUUAUAACUACGAAUGGUUACUGAAGGUUCUUCUGUUUUUAUGUGUGAUGGGGGAAAUGGGAUUCUGCUUUUGAAGUUAACUCUGAAUUGCAAAUGAACUCUAGUGGCCUUAGUGUUUAGGAUCGGCUGUACUGGACAGGUUACACUCUAUCACCCCCUUUAUUAGAUUUGAUCAGAAAUCCAAGCUAAGAGUUAUCGGACUAGGGGUUCAUUUGAAAUUCACUUUUUUAUUUUAACCAAAAGGAAAAAAAAUGGUGCGUGUGGGGAGUUUCACUACAGCCGGCUUUGAGACCAACAGUCUUUUAAUAUUUACAUUCUGACUUAUUUUAUGGUGUUUGCUACUGCAGCACACACUGAGGCCUCUGACUGCUGAUAACAACAAUACAGAUGCAGGAUGUGCCGUAGUACACUAUGAAAACAGCUGCAUAACGGAAUGGGUUUCUGGAUUUUAUUUAUGGGAAUAUGUGGGUCAAAGGAGAAUAUUGUUAACAUGAAGGUUAGCUUUGAAUACUUGGACUGGAGUGCAGCAGUGUUGUCUUUUUCUUUUGUAUUGAGCUGUGAAGUCUGAAGGGAUUUUAGGUAUACAGGUUGUUUUUUUCUUUUUCAAUGUCCACAUGCUGGACCCUGAAAAGACAAAUCACCCCAAAAACUGAAAGCUACAGCUCAGCUUUCUGGUCAGUUUUAGCGAGCUGAUUGGUUAGCUUCUGAUGCCAGCUGGUAGCUUAAAGAGCCUGUGACACGAGUUUCCCCCAUCAUCCAAACCCA